AUGUUGGAAACUGUGGGUGGCGGAUUUAAUAUCGGUGCGUGUUCAUCAAGUCCUCAUCACCACGUAUUUGUUUGGCAUGACUCCUCAUUCCAGCUAAUACAACUUCGACGAGUCGAGCAGAUUCAAAACGAGGAGGAAGACAAGAUCAGUAUGUACUUGAUCUGUGCUGGAGUUGGAUGCGUAGUGGUUGCAGCGCUUCUCUUGAUCAUCUACAUAUAUCUGCAAAGAUCGCGAGAGAAGAGGCUUAUCGAAUUGGCCGAGAACAAACAUCGCAGGAAGGUCCGUUGAUU